AUGGCACGGCUUAAAACAUUAAAAGAGAUUGUUUAUCUGUUUAUUGUCUUAUUUGCUUCAUGGAACGGUCUGGCGUAUGCAAACGAAAAAAAUGGAAACAAAAUCUUCGACAAAAAAACAGAACAAACACAAGAACAAAAUCAAACGACUUUAACAUCAAGAGAAACCACAGCUUUAGCGGAAGCUGUAGCAACAAUGACAACAACUGAACUGAUGGUCACCGCCAAUAUAACUAGAUGCCCCCUUAUCAUUGUCACUCCUGGGUUUAUCUCAGAAUAUUUCGGAUCUUCCGCUUCAUUUAUUGGCUAUGUUGAGUCGUAUUCUGAUCGAGCUCUCCUGUCAAAAUGGCUGAAAAUAAAAUCAGAUGUAACCGAAAUCGUUGAUAUCAACAGGAUCAAAUAUACUGGAAGUAGAACGUAUCCGUAUCCAAUACUAACGAUCAAUGAUGUGAAUUUUCAAGACGACGUAGACUAUCAACUUCAAGUUCAAAUUGUAGGGGGACUGUGCCAAAGUAAUGUAGUCAAUCUAGAAGUUAAAGGAAGAAACAACUUAAGAGCAAUAUAUAGAGGAUCCGAGAUUACUACAACUUUAAUCACGACCUGGUGGAAUCAUCCUAAGGUAGACUCCCACCUAAUCCAGUCCUUUACUGCAGAACUGACAGAAAAUGGGCUGACUCUCAACAUGACCGAAGCUGUCGGGAAUAACACAAACUGCACCUUUUCUUCUAACUUUCUGCCUGGUUAUCUGUAUUAUUUACGAAUCAUCUCUAACGUUUUACUUAGCGACCCUACGGAAACAAUAGCUGUAACAAACACAAUACCUUUGGUUGUUGAUCCUUUGCCUCCAGGCCAUAUUUUAAAGAAUACAAGCAAUCUACACCCAGACCAUCUAUACCUUAAAUGGAUCCCUCCAAACCAUGGGGCUCAUGUCAACAGAUACAGCAUUUCUGUGAAUGGAAGAACUGAUUCAUCGUCUUCAAAUGGGAUUUCCUGGACAUCUAAACUAGAGCCUGGAACAAACUACAAUGUCAGUUUGACUUCAAUCUGCUGGUACCCUCAAAGUUUUCAGAAAGCGUCUGUUCCAUAUAUUGAACAGAUAGAAACACUGCGCACUCCCAAAAUAGAUCUCAAGCCACUACGUCUGGAUAUACCAUUUCUUUCAAGUGUUACGAUAAAUGCCUCGGUUCGAAAUAUUUCUGGAUUUCCACCAACUACGGAGAUAAAAUGGAGAAGAAAUAGUGUGGACAUUAACAUAACAGAUUCCAGAUAUAAAGGAAGUACCCUUCACCUGCACAGUCCUAAUCUGGUUAUUAACAGAGUUGAUUUUUACAAUGAACACAAAUCCAAAUAUGACUGCAUGGCGCGCAACUCCGAAGGAUGGGGAACAAGCGAUUAUGCUUACAUGACUCUGUAUGGAAGUCUUAAGUUUUUGGAGUCAUGUAAUGAGAGUCGUGAAUGUAUACCAAAUAAAAACUACGUGUGUCGAUCCAACAUCUGUCUUUGUUCUGAUUCCUAUUACCACGAGAACUCUAUUUGCCAUCACCGUAGCAGAUUGCAAGUUAAUAUACAAAGAGUACAGAAAACACAGUGUAAAACAUCAGUGCAAUGGGAAAAACCGUUACAAGACAGUCAUCUCAUCUCUGGAUAUGUGAUCAAUUUGCAGGCUCAUAGAUCGAACAGAUGGUUGACAGAGGAGACAAAAUAUAUGGGAAAUGCAACUGAAUAUAGUACCCCAUGUAAACUACAACCAGGGCGCCUAUACAGAUUUAACAUCCAAUCGAAAGUUUCGCUCAGACAUCCUGCUGAAAAUAUCAGUGUUGAUACACAUUCACCUAAUAUAAUAAUAGAACCUCUGUCACCUAGAAAAUUGGAUCGCGAUAAAAGCAAUUUUUCCUCUCAACAUCUUUACUUAAAAUGGAAGAAACCUGCAGAUAACACCUUUCUGAGUCACUACCUGGUUGUCAUCAAUGGUCACGAACAACAGACGUUGGGUAACUAUCCGGAGGUCUACUGGAGGAAGGGUCUGGUGCCAGGAGCGAUGUACAACGUGACAAUUACAGCAGUCAGUCAUGGAGAUAUCAUGGGUGGACCUUGGCUUGGAACUGCUAAAAGUAAACCAUACAUAGACUGGAUUGAGGUAGAUCAAAUUAAAGGAGGAUAUGCAUAUAUGCCUUAUGGAGAAAGAGAUAAUGUUUUCUACGGUGAUGAUGUCUCCAGUCCUUAUCUUAAAUCUCCGAUGACAAUCUAUGCCAUGGAUGGAUCAGAACGUGGAUUCAACUACGUAGUUAUUGGCUCAAACGGUGUCAUAGGACUUGGAGAGGACUUCAACUGGUUCAAUGCACAUAUUCUACAUUCCUCAAGACUGAAAAAUAGACAAAUUAUUUGUCCCUUUUGGACCGAUUUACAAACAACAGGAACAGCAAGUGGUAUUUACUACAACACUUACCAAAGGGGAAAGGAUGCCGAAGAUACUCUUUUCCUGAACAAAGCAAAUGAAAUGAUAAGAAUACAGUUUCCAGAUUUCCACGAUUUUGAGGCGUCAUGGCUGGUCAAAGUUACUUGGGAAAACAUGACUUUAUAUGGAUAUCAUUCACAGGUUAUUGUGACAUUCCAAUGUCUCCUGAUUACAGAUGGCGUCAGCACUUUUACAGUCAUAAAUUAUAUAGAUGUCAACCUUAAACCAAUCAAAAGAUUGAAAAUUAUUGUUGGAUAUCGCUUUCAGAAAAUAUUUACGAAGAAUAUUCUUUCAAACAAACAUUCUGCUUUUCAAAUGAGUCAAUAUCCAGGAAAUAGAGGUGUGCCAGGAUUCUGGAUUUAUAAGAUGACCAUAGGAAGACCAUUGAAAAAGGAUGAUAAAGUAUGCUAUGACUGGUAUAUAAAAAACAAAGAAACGGGGAUCAAAGACCAACUGUCACCUGUACUAAGUCAAAUCCGGUGUCCAUGUGACAUUCGUUUGCUUAGAUUCGAUCCACGAUACGUCAUUAACAGAUUCGACAGGAAAUAUCGUGUUCUUUGCUAUGCAUCCAUGAUUGUUGGUAGAAAUGCUGAGUGCUGUUACAGAUUACAUCGAAGAAUAGAUAAUUUAAGUGUUCUUGAGCGAUCUCUUCCUGCAGUUGGGACACUGUUACAAUACAAUCCUUUCUUUGAGCGGCAUCUUUACAUAAAAAAUGACCUGAAACCAAGAGAGGCAUGUACUAAAUCUCGGCAUUUUAAAUGGUUUUAUGAAGUGCGGCCAAUUCCAGGUUGCUAUCGGAGGUCACCUUUUCGACCAGGAAUAAACUCUGGUGACCCUCACAUCAGAACACUUGAUGGAAAACAAUACACCUUCAAUGGUCACGGGGAAUACGUGAUGAUGGAAAUAACAAAAGAUGGUACCAGAUUCGACUUUCAGGCAAGAACGGAACCGGCAACAACAUCGAAUGGAACUGUCAUCAAUGCUACAGUAUUCAGUGCUUUCGUGGCUCAAGACCAAACUGGAUCCAAAGUACAAAUAGAAAUGUCAUCCAACAAACAAGAUUUAAUAAUCAGAGGAAAUGGAAAUGACCUGACUACAAGAUUUCAGAAUACAAAUUACACUUACCUUACACAAAAUUUAUCCAUUCGUUGGGAAAAUAAAUCCAUAUUAGCAUCUUUUUUCCAGUCUUCAAUAAUUCUAAAAAUCCGACUUGGAGUACGAUUUUUGAUUUCGGAGGUUGUGGUUGAUGAUACGUACAGUGGAUUUGUCAAGGGAUUAAUGGGUAAUUUUGAUGGGAAUGCUACAAACGACUUCAUUCUCCCAAAUGGAACCAUUUUAAGUGAGAAUGCAACAAGAACAGAACGGGACAUUUUCUACAAUUUUGGACAGCAAUGGUCUGUCAAAGACAAAUCUAUAUUCUAUUACGAUGAGGGCCUAAAUCAUGAGAAUUUUUCACAUCCGGAAUUUGAACCUUUAUUCAUGGAUGAAGUAGAUGAAGAGGAGCUUAAUUCGGCUAAAGAAAUUUGUGGGACAAGCCCAUCUCAAGCCUGCAUUUUUGACUUUCUUGCAACAGGAGAUAUAAGUGUAGCUAUGUCAUCUGCCAACGAAGAAGCUAAAUCUUUAAACGACAUCGCCAUUGUAGAAAAUGAAAUUCCAAGUAUACAUGGGAACACGACAAUUAAUGCUGAGGUUAAUAACGAACUUACCUUAAGAUUUAACGCAUCUGAUGACGGUAAAGAAAGACCAAUGUUCAAAGUCCUAAAACAACCAGAAGGAUUUAGCUUCAACACAACAACUGGAGUAGCGACGUGGACUCCUCUAAAUACAAAUGUAUCAGAAAUAAGUGUUAGUGUUGUCGAUGAUAUGGGGGUUGAAUCACCAUCUCUAGAUGUUACAAUUAUACUGUGUAGUGGAUGCAGUAAUAAGGGCCAAUGUGACUAUGAAAACGUCUUAACAACAGAAAAUGCUCUCAGUUAUAAGGCUGAUUGUAUUUGCAACAUCGGGUAUUCCGGAGAGAAUUGUGAACAAGACAUAGAUGCUUGUGUUCAGAGUCCGUGCUCUCUAGAUAGAAACUGUACCGACCUUACUCCUGCUGAAGAAGUCAUUUUGGGUCGAGGAUACAACUGCUCAGAGUGCCCACCUGGCUAUGUGGAUGUUGACACUAAAUGUGCAGAUGUUGAUGAGUGUGCAUCUGUGUUCACCAACAGAUGCAAUGUUUCUACCGAAAUGUGUGAAAAUACUGACGGAAGUUACAUAUGUCAUUGUUUGAAUGGUUAUAGGAAAAUAGACGACAUUUGUAGAGACAUUGACGAGUGUCUUGACGGCACGUCAGACUGUGAACAAAUAUGUCGAAAUACACAGGGUUCGUUUCAUUGUGAUUGCCACUUAGGAUUUAUCUUAAAUACCGACAAAUCAUCGUGUAUUAAAUCAGAAGACAACCUCUGUGAAAACUUUGAAAUGUGUGAAUACACAUGUGGAAAUGCUUCAGGAACUUUUAAGUGUGUGUGUCCGCUAGGAUACGAAUUAGCAUCUAAUGGCAUAAACUGUAAAGAUAUAAAUGAAUGCGAACUUGCAACUACGGCAUGUGCUCAAGAUUGUAUCAACACUAAAGGAUCAUUUAAUUGUACCUGUCGACCAGGAUAUUUCUUAAAUGAGGAUAAAACGUCAUGUUCAGAGUGUGAGAUCCCUUCUUGUGGUGAGAACUGUAGUAAACUAUGUGAAUGUGGUUCUGGUGGAGACAGGUGUGAUCCAGUCAGUGGAUGUGUCUGUCUAUCAGGGUGGACAGGUGUGAAAUGUGACAAAGACAUUGACGAAUGCUUAGUGGAUCCAUUUAUAUGUGGUUCUGACCGAGUAUGCCAGAAUCUUGAAGGUUCAUACUCGUGCAUUUGUGGGGAAGGUUUUGAUAUUAAUGGUGAUAAAUGUGAAGAUACUGACGAGUGUUCUGACGAGAGCCUAUAUGAUUGCCCAGAAUUUACAUUUUGUGUCAAUACAAAUGGUAAUUACACAUGUGAAUGCCAGAGUGGAUUUCAACUUAUAAACGACGAAUGCAAAGAUAUAAAUGAAUGUGAGACUGGACGUCAUGACUGUUCCCAACUGUGUAUCAAUGUAGAUGGUGAUUAUAAUUGCGCAUGUCAUCCUGGAUUCAAUCUUCAAAACGAUCGUAAAAUGUGUGAAAAAGUUAAGGACAUAUGUUCCCUUUCUCCGGGCAUAAACUGUAGUUACGGUUGCAUCCAAAGUGUACAGGACCAAACGGAAGCUAUUUGUUUCUGUGAAAAAGGCUACAAACUUGAUAGUGACAUGACAACGUGCAUUGACAUUGAUGAGUGCAAAAAGAAUUCUACGUGUGACCAUAACUGUACAAAUACGGUAGGGUCUUUUGAAUGUGGAUGUGAUAUUGGAUAUGAGCUUCAAAAUGAUCGAAUAUCAUGUAAAGCUUGCAAUGGGUAUUUCUACGGUAAGGAUUGCAACACGCCAUGUAAAUGUGGUCGGGGCUCCACUGCCUGUCACCAUAUAAAUGGUUGUGUCUGUCAACCAGGGUGGACAGGGGAAACUUGUGAAACAGAUAUUGACGAAUGUAAACUGAACCCACGCAUUGGUGAACAUGAGCUCUGUCUCAACACCCCAGGGUCAUACCGAUGUGAUUGUGUUACGGGUUUUAACAAAUCAGAAGGAAAAUGUUCAGACAUUGAUGAAUGUAAGGAUCCAACAUCAUGUCAACAGAUAUGUAUAAAUACAAAUGGAAGUUAUCAAUGCGACUGUGGCAAUGGUUUUAAGUUAACAAAUGACAAAUACUGUGUAGACAUCAAUGAAUGCCUUGAUACAAGAUGUCAUGACUGCAAUAACUGGCCUGGAGAUUUCAAAUGUUUGUGCAACCAGGGUUACAAAGUCAACAUAACAACCCAUAAAGAAUGUCAUAAUAUUGAUGAAUGUGCUGAUGGAAGUAACCAAUGUUCUUCCGAUGCUAUAUGCACCGAUACAGUUGGGAGUUAUUUGUGUAAAUGUCCCCGAGGAUUUAAAGGGAACGGAUUCACUUGCCAAGUUUGCCAGAACUAUACAUUUGGUGAACAGUGCUCCCAAGUAUGUACAUGUGUAACCAACCAAACAGAGGUAUGUAAUGCCUCCACUGGUUUUUGCCAGUGUAUUACAGGAUGGGAAGGGAGCGAUUGUUCAAAGGAUGUGGAUGAAUGCAAAGAUAAAAUAACUCAGUGUGACAAAGAGUUACAGCAAGCAUGUGUCAAUACUCCUGGCUCCUCCCACUGUGAAUGUCGUUUUGGAGGAUCAGACCUUAAUAAAUGUGUUUAUCCAGAAUCAACUUACAGUACAAAUGAGACAGAAAUGAAAAUAAGAGUUGAGGUAGAGUUUGCCACCAAUACAAGCCGUCAGGAAUUUCUUCUGAAAAGUCAAGAACUGCUACAAGAAUUCCAAUUAUCCCUGGAAAGUUAUUACAAGAAAGAAAACGUUACCGGAUAUCUUGUUCUUAAAGUCCUAUCUAUUCGAUUUGGAAGUUUGAUUGUUGAUUAUGAAAUAAUUGGCAAUAAGAGUGAAUCAGAUGACUUUAAAAGCGACCUUGCAUCUAGCAUGUCAAAACUGUUAAGUGGAGACAGAACGCUCCUUGUGCUGAAUCAAACACCAGCUAUCAUGAAUAUCUUUAUAAAAGAUCUAAAUGGCACAUCCAUGAAAUACAUUUCAUCUGUCGACAAGCCAUGUUUCGUGUUUGAAAGUUUUGGUGGCACCUGUCUUUUGGGGAAAACAUGUGACGACUCCUCCGGAGAGGCAACUUGUGUGAAAAAUUCAUCGAAUGAAAACUUACCCAUUUUGCUAAUCGUUAUUGGAGCAAGUUGUGGAUCCUUGUGCCUAAUAAUACUUGCAGCUUGUGUCUGUUGGAAAUACCAAAAGAAGUAUGCCGAUCAAACUAAAGUAUUUGAUAUCUCUGAAACAAACUUAAAAGUCAGUGAAAACAUGAGGUCCCCGGACUCGUGGAGGAAAGCGAAACGUGAACCCUUGGAAAGAAACGUUGUUAAAUCGGCAUGGAAACUUGUCGACAUGGAAUCGAUCUGAUGACACUAGACUGGAAAGAUCUACAGAUGCUUUGAAAAAUUAUUUACUGAUACUUAAUACGAACACCAGUUCAUAGACUUGACUUGACUAAUUCAUAAUAGCAAAAGUUUAUAAUUUUUUAUAUAUAAAUAUUUUACAGUAAUUUUCUCCUUUUCAUGUUUUAGUUUUUAAUUCUUGUUAAAUAUGGCAUAACCCCUUUAUUUAUUGUGUUUUAUUGUACCUAACAUUACAUUCAUUGUUUGUAUAU